CAGCGGGGAAGCAGCGCGUUGCACCUUUUCCUCAAAAUGACCGGAUUUUUCUCUGACACCAACUUUAAUGUUUCCAUCGUAACUUGCAACUGACAAGGGAUAAUUUCAGCGCUGGUGUCAUGACAGCAACGCGAAGAUCUCUCAGUAUGAUGCCUGACACUCGCAUCAACCACACUAUAUGGAUCCAAUGACCUCUUUAUCCAAAUAAUUUGUGAACAUAAUUCAGACUGAAAUCAACCCGUGACUGCAAUGUUCCUGAAACGGAAGACAACCAAUGGAUGCAGCUCUUAUUCGAAAUAAUUGACUGUGAAUAACUUGGAUUUCAUGAGGGAGCAGGCGGAAAAGGAAGGACAGGGGAAGUAGUUUGCCUCCGAGUAGUUGUUUGGAGAGACACAUUCAUGUCAGUUGGAAUUAAUAGUGUAGAUUUAGGCCUACCAGAAAUAUCCCCCCAUGGAGGUUAGAGUAGAAGGUAGAUAUGCUGGUGUUUCGAUCUAAAAUGCGCUUGCAUAAAAACAUCUAUAAUCCAACAUUACUUUUUGAGGACAAUUUGAACGCUUACAAUUAGAAUAGCCUUGCUGAAAUUUCCUUUCAGUAGUACUUACCAAUUAGAAUAGCCUUUUCGAACAUCAUGGUGCUUAAAAUGCGGUAUGGUGUCCAUCUAAUAUGGAUGGGUUUGGUUCUGUGUUGCAUAGUGGACCUCGGGGCUAGCCUGGAGUUCACUGGUGCAGAGGGACAGUGGGCCACGUUCCCCAUGUGGAAUGCAUGUUGUGAGAGCGAAAUGAGCUUCAAUCUGAAAACCAAGAGCUCCCAGGGACUCUUGGUGUACUUCGAUGACGAAGGCUUCUGUGACUUUUUGGAGCUACUCAUACACAACGGCAAAGUCAGCCUGCGGUUCUCCAUAUUUUGUGCAGAUCCAGCAACCGUGGUCUCAGAUACAGCAGUGAACGACAGCCAAUGGCAUUCUGUCACUAUAAGGAGAAACUUCAAAAACACCACCCUGAUUGUGGACAAAGAGGUCAAGUGGGUGGAGGUCAAGUCCAAAAGGCGCGACAUGACGGUGUUUAGCCAUUUGUUUCUAGGUGGAAUUCCACCGGAAUUAAAGUCCCAAGCAUUAAGGCUAACGUCAUCGGUGGUGAAGGACCAAGUACCAUUUGCUGGAUGGAUAACAGACUUGAGAGUGAACAAUACUGAACCGGUGCUUGUCAACAGUGCAGGGGUCAACAAUGACCUUUGCGGCACAGACAUAAUGUGUCUGAAUGGAGGAGUUUGUAGUGUUGUUAACAACGAGCCGACCUGUGACUGCUCAGAGACUGGGCAUCAAGGAAAGGAUUGCAGUGAAGAAGACAACUAUGGUGAAGGUCUUGCGCACCUGAUGAUGGGCGACCAAGGUAAACAAAGAGGCAAGGAAGAAUAUGUUGCAACCUUCAAAGGAUCGGAAUACUUCUGCUACGACUUGUCCCUGAACCCCAUUCAAAGCAGCAGCGACGAAAUCACGCUCUCGUUCAGAACCCUCCAAAGGAACGGACUGAUGCUCCACACGGGCAAAUCGGCAGACUAUGUCAAUCUGGCACUGAAAAACGGGGCGGUCUCGCUCGUCAUUAAUUUGGGUUCCGGGGCCUUUGAAGCGUUGGUGGAGCCAGUCAAUGGGAAAUUUAAUGACAAUGAUUGGCAUGAUGUCAAAGUAACAAGGAAUCUUCGUCAGCAUUCAGGCAUUGGACACGCUAUGGUCACAAUAUCCGUGGAUGGAAUACUGACCACCACUGGAUAUACACAAGAGGACUACACCAUGCUAGGCUCCGACGACUUUUUCUAUGUUGGAGGCAGUCCUAGCACAGCCGACUUGCCUGGAUCUCCUGUUAGCAACAACUUUAUGGGUUGCCUGAAGGAGGUUGUGUACAAAAACAAUGACGUGCGUCUGGAGCUCUCCAGGAUGGCAAAGCAAGAAGACCCAAAGAUGAAGGUCCACGGUGUGGUGGCCUUCAAGUGCGAGAACGUGGCGACCCUUGACCCCAUCACCUUCGAAACGCCAGAGUCCUUCAUCACCCUGGACAAGUGGAACGCCAAAAAGACGGGCUCGAUCUCGUUCGACUUCCGCACCACGGAGCCCAACGGGCUGUUGCUCUUCAGCCACGGCAAGCCCAAGCAGCAGAUCAAAGGGGCUAAAAGCCAGCAGUCGCUCAGGGUGGAUUUCUUUGCCAUUGAAAUGCUGGAGGGCCACCUGUACCUGCUGCUGGACAUGGGCUCGGGCACCACCAAAACGCGCGCGGUCAACAAAAAGGUCAACGAUGGAGAGUGGUACCAUGUGGACUUCCAACGGGAUGGGCGAUCAGGUACCAUCUCCAUCAACACCCUCCGGACUGCGUACACUGCUCCAGGGGAGAGUGAGAUCCUGGACCUCGACGACAACCUGUACCUGGGUGGGCUCCCAGAGAACAAGAUGGGCAUGGUCUUCCCCACCGAGGUGUGGACGGCGCUGCUCAACUACGGCUACGUGGGCUGCAUCCGCGACCUCUUUGUGGACGGCCAGAGCAAGGACGUCCGGCGCAUUGCCGAGACGCAGAAGGCCGCUGGCGUCAAGCCCUCCUGCAGCAAGGAGGCGCCCAAGCUGUGCCUGAGCAACCCGUGCCAGAACAAUGGCGUGUGCCGCGAGGGCUGGAACCGCUACGUGUGCGACUGCUCUGGGACUGGGUACCUGGGCCGCUCCUGUGAGAGAGAGGCCACCGUCUUGAGCUACGACGGCAGCAAGUUCAUGAAGAUCCAGUUGCCGGUGGUGAUGCACACGGAGGCGGAGGACGUGUCACUGCGCUUCCGCUCCCAGAGGGCUUAUGGGAUACUGAUGGCCACCACCUCGCGUGACUCCGGCGACACCCUCCGGCUGGAGCUCAACACGGGCCGCAUCCGACUCACCGUCAACCUAGACUGUGACAGGAUUAACUGUACCACCAGCAAAGGGCCCGAGACUCUAACGGCCGGUCAGAAUCUGAACGAUAAUGAAUGGCACACAGUGCGUGUGAUGCGCAGAGGAAAGUCUUUGAUGCUGUCAGUGGAUGAUUUGCCUCCUGCAGAAGGCCUAAUGGCCGGCCAACACACGCAGCUGGAGUUCCACAACAUCGAGACGGGCAUCCUGACCGAGAAGCGCUUCGUCUCGCUGCCGCCCUCCAACUUCAUCGGGCACCUGCAGAGCCUGCUGUUCAACGGCCAGGCCUACAUUGACCUGUGCAAGAAUGGCGACAUCGACUACUGCGAGCUCAACGCCAUGAUCGGCUUCAAGAACAUCAUCGCCGACCCCGUCACCUUCAAGUCGCGCUCCAGCUACGUGGCACUGUCCACUCUGCAGGCCUACUACACCAUGCACCUCUUCUUUCAGUUCAAGACCACGUCGUCCGACGGGCUCAUCCUCUUCAACAGCGGCGACGGCAACGACUUUAUUGUGGUGGAGCUGGUGAAAGGCUACCUGCACUAUGUGUCAGACCUGGGUAAUGGUGCCCAUCUCAUCAAGGGAAACUCCAACAAGCCACUCAAUGACAACCACUGGCACAACGUCAUGAUCUCCCGAGACACCAAUAACUUGCACACGGUCAAGAUUGACACCAAAAUCACCACCCAGACCACCAGUGGGGCCAAGAACCUGGAUCUGAAAGGUGACUUGUACAUCGGUGGCGUUGCCAAGGAGAUGUACAAGGAGCUGCCCAAGCUGGUCCAUGCCAAAGAGGGCUUCCAGGGCUGCCUGGCCUCUGUGGACCUGAACGGACGGCUCCCCGACCUCAUGUCUGAUGCCCUGGCCUGCGUGGGCACUAUUGAGAGGGGCUGUGAAGGCCCCAGCACCACGUGUCAGGAGGACUCCUGUGCUAACCAGGGCGUGUGUCUUCAGCAGUGGGAGGGCUUCACCUGUGACUGCAGCAUGACGUCGUACGGAGGACCACUCUGCAGCGACGCGGGAACUACUUACAUAUUUGGGCGGGGCGGCGGUCUCAUCACAUACACGUGGCCGCCAAACGACCGUCCGAGCACACGGGCAGACCGGCUGGCCCUGGGCUUCAGCACCCAGCAGAAAGAGGCCGUGCUGGUGCGGGUGGACAGCUCCAAGGGGCUCGGAGACUACCUGAAACUCCACAUCGACAAAGGGAAUAUCGCUGUAGUAUUCAAUGUGGGAACAGAUGAUAUUUACAUUGAGGAGAAGGCAAAGUUUGUAAAUGAUGGAAAGUACCAUAUAGUGAGGUUUACACGGAGUGGUGGUAAUGCCACGCUGCAGGUGGAUGACCUGCCAAUCAUUGAGCGAUACCCCACAGGCAACUUUGAUAACGAACGCCUGGCGAUUGCUAGACAGCGAAUCCCAUACCGACUUGGUCGAGUAGUUGACGAAUGGCUACUCGACAAAGGGCGCCAGCUCACUAUCUUCAACAGCCAAACCACCAUUCAGAUCGGCGGCUUGGAGAAAGACCGCACCCGGUCGUUCCAGGGCCAGCUUUCAGGGCUCUACUACAACGGCCUCAAGGUCUUCAACAUGGCAGUGGAGGGCGACCCUAACAUCCAGAUCGAAGGUAGCGUGCGUCUGGUGGGCGAGGCGCCGUCCUCCUCCAUCACCCCUCAGUCCAGUGCCACCGCCAACCGCUCAGAGACCUCCACCUCCAUCAUGGAGAUCACCACCACCACGGCGGCCAGCAGACGAGUCAAGCAGACGACUCCGAGAGAACCGCAGCAGACAACGGAUGACCAGGUCGCUUCAGCCGAGUGCCCGAGCGACAGCGACGACGAGGACAUCGACCCGUGCGAGCCGAGCUCAGCUAACCCCACGGGCGCCGGCGGGAAGGUGUACGAGGAUUCGCCGGAGGUGUUCCGCGAGUCGAGCAGCACCACUGGGAUGGUGGUGGGCAUCGUGGCGGCGGCGGCCCUCUGCAUCCUCAUCCUGCUCUACGCCAUGUACAAGUACCGCAACCGGGACGAGGGCUCGUACAGCGUGGACGAGAGCCGCAACUACAUCAGCAACUCGGCGCAGUCCAACGGCACGGUGGUCAAAGAGAAGCCCGUCAACAGCACCAAGAGCUCCGGGAAGGGGAAGAAGAACAAAGACAAGGAGUACUAUGUGUGAUCGCGUGCGGUCGCACCAGCUCGGGAGGGAGGGGGCUUUGCCAGGGACCUUUUUUCCAGACUUUUCUCAAGGCGAGCCCCACAAAGGCCCCAACAUGUGUAUCAUAAUUAUGAAAAACAGAGCAAAAAUGGAUCGAAACAUAAACACUGAUGAUGAAAAAAAAUAUAACAUUUAGUCCUCAUUUUAUCAGACAUGGUGUUACACCAUAAAGUGCAAAAUGGAAAAAAAUGGAAUAAAACACAGUUUUAUUUGAUAUUCUUGUCAAGCCUUCUGGACUGUCCCCAUAAAAGUGCAGAAGUGAACAGACAGUUUCUCAAGAGAAAGACAAUCUUCUGCUGGGAGUGGACAAAUAUCAAUACAAGACAGCUAAAAUAACACCAUGGACUUACUCUUGACUGACGAGCAAAUUACCAAACCAAACCCAUAUCAAUAUGAAGUAUUCCACAGCCUGGAAAAAUGAAAUCUCUUGCUCUUGUUUAUAAAAGGCAAGAGAGGAGGAGUACAGUCUCACUUACUGUCAGUGUUUUCAUUUCCGUUGCCUGUGUUUGUGUUGCUGGGAUAUUUUUUUCCUAAUGAGAAAAAGAGAGAUAGAGAAAAAAUCUGAAAGGAGAAAGGAACACUGAAAGACAUGAUGACGAAUACAACCACAAACUAUUUGCCAAGGUUGAGAACUUCAAGGAUCGCAAAAGAGGAGGGCAGGCUAAGACGCUACCUACCGUAUGGUUCAAGGAAAAUCAGCCAAAGUAUUUGUCCUUUUCAUAGCGGCAGCGCUCGCCAACACAAACUGUUGUUUGGCCCGCUGAUAGACCUAUCAAAGGUGCAAAGAAGGGAACGGCGGCCAUUGGUGAAGAAUGACUGAGACUGCACACUUGUCAAGUACUGAGAGCAAGGCACAGAUGAGCAUGGAGACCUUAGCCUUUCCAGCUGUGAAACCUAUGGCUCGUGAUUUUACGCCGAAUCUUUGGGUGUCUGAAAGUGAUCAUUUGGGAACACUCCAUGCACGCAAAAGUAUCUUACUACAUAUGUUUAUAUACAGUACAACCACAUCUAUAUGUGCUUUCUGGACUGUGACAAAGUGGUGUUUUAUAGCCUGUUGUAUAGAUGAUGCAAAAUAUAUCUGCUCCUCCUCAACCAUUUUUUACUAAUAAAACUAUGAAAAGAAUAAAAAAAAAUAACUAAAUGUUAUUAAGUGUUGCUAGGUAUAGACAAUUUUAUGAAGACAUCCGCAGAUGACAUUUUGAGUUGCAUUGUUACUUUCUCUGCCCUGAAUACUCCUGCUACAUUUUUUUUAUACAAACAUACAAAAAUAUAUAGAUAAUCCCAAUCUGUAAAUCACACCUGACCAAGGAAAUGCAAAGAUGACAUAAGUUCCCAUUCAAAACUCUGUGUUUUACGGUUACAGGUGGAAUCACUGCCUAGUCCCACAUCCUGCCCCCUGAAAUAAAUCCUGUGUGAGACUGGUAGCCAUGUGAGAGAUAGCCCUAGCCCUGUCACUGUAUGUGUUUUCAAAGUGGUCUUGAAUGGUUUCCUAUCCGCUCGCUAUAAUGUGGACGCAGGAGAGAAGAGGUGAUCAUGUCUGUCAUUUCGUGUUUGUUUUUUGCCCUAACUCUCCCAUCUGUUGAGCCUCGCUAAGAACUGCACACAGGAAGAGCCCAAGGAAAAGAGGAUUUGGAGGGAUCAAGAAAACUAAAGUUAAGAUUAACCACAAUUCUGAAUUCUUUGUUUGUUUAUUUUUUUAUUUAUACCCGUGCUAUUCUUUUUUACAGUAUUUUAUGUUCAAUUGUGGCAAUUCUUUAUUGACCUCAAAGUAAAAAUUUAUUAUGAAAAAUAGUUUUGAAAAAUU